AUACAAUGAUGAUAAAUAAUCUAGAACAUUGAUAAAUAAUGUGGCAGUUUUCAUUUAUUACUGCAGCAGUAAUGUAAGUCCCGGAAUAUUUAGCCAAUAAGUAGAAUCUCAAUAAAAGGGGUUAAAAAUGGCAGAUCGCAUACAAAUAUCUGACUAUGUUUGGUUACAACCGGAAAAGAAGUCUGAAUUUGAAAUACCGAUUGCCGUUAAAGUGCUAAAUAGUUCUGGUGGUAAAUUACAAGUUAAAGAUGACAAUGGGGAAGUGUUCUCAACGGCUGUUACAAAUGUCAUUAAGCCGUUACACGCGACUUCUAUUAAGAGCGUGGAAGAUAUGAUAACUCUUGGAGAACUUCAAGAGUACACAAUACUUCGGAACCUGCAUAUACGCUAUAACGAACAGCUUAUAUACACUUAUACAGGUACCAUGUUAAUAGCAAUAAAUCCAUAUGAGAUAUUACCAAUUUAUACGAUGGAUCAAAUUCAUUUUUAUCAAGAUAGAAAUAUUGGCGAUAUACCGCCUCAUAUAUUUGCCAUUGGAAAUGAUUCAUACCGAGAAUUAUUAGAUACGUCAACAAAUCAAUGUGUGGUUAUCAGCGGUGAGAGCGGAGCAGGGAAAACAGAAAGCACCAAAUUGCUGUUGCAAUAUCUUGCAGCAGCGAGUGGAAAACAUUCGUGGAUUGAACAACAGAUCCAAGAAACUAAUCCGAUUCUAGAAGCUUUCGGAAAUGCCAAAACGGUCAAAAAUGAUAAUUCUUCCCGAUUCGGAAAAUAUAUUAACAUUUAUUUUAGUCGUAAAGGAGUUAUAGAAGGUGGAAAUAUUGACCAAUACCUUUUAGAAAAAUCGAGAAUUGUAAGGCAAAGUAAAGGAGAAAGAAACUACCACAUAUUUUAUUCUCUGGUCACUGGACUUUCUGCCGAUGAAAAAAAGAAACUGGACCUUGGAAAACCUGCAGACUUUGAAUAUUUAAAUUCAGGAAAAAUGCUUACUUGUGAUGGUCGUAAUGAUGCUUUGGAGUUCUCAGACAUAAGGUCGGCUUUUAAAGUACUUAAUUUUUCUGACAACGAUGUUUGGGAUAUAUUCAGCCUCCUUGCUGCGAUUCUACACUUGGGAAAUCUUAAGUUUAAAUCUUUUAAUGUAAGCAAUAUUGAAUCUUCUGAAGUGGCAGAUGCAACAAAUGCUAAUAGAAUAUCUGCCCUUCUCGGAGUUAACAAAGCGCGGUUUAGUGAAGCUUUAACUCAAAAAACAUUAAUUGCUCAUGGUGAUAAAAUUGUUUCCCCAAUUUCAGUCGGAGCUGCAACAGAAAGUCGUGACGCUCUUGUUAAAGCCAUAUACGGACAUAUUUUUGAAUAUAUCGUAGAAAUUAUAAACAAAACUUUACAUAGAGAUCAACAGCUUGCCAGUGGUUCAGUUGGCAUUCUUGAUAUUUUUGGUUUUGAAAAUUUUGAAUCAAACAGUUUUGAGCAAUUGUGCAUCAAUUAUGCCAAUGAAAAUUUGCAACAAUUUUUCGUUAGACAUAUUUUUAAGCUGGAACAAGAGCAAUAUGCUAAAGAAGGAAUAAUAUGGUCAAAUAUUAACUAUGUUGAUAAUCAAGAAAAUCUUGAUUUAAUCGGACAGAAACCUAUGAAUUUACUCUCACUUAUUGAUGAAGAAUCGAGAUUUCCUAAAGGCACUGACCUCACUCUACUAUCUAAACUUAAUAAUAAUCACAGCAACAAAAAUUCUUAUAUUACACCAAAGUCAACCCACGAACACAAAUUUGGUGUAAGACACUUUGCUGGAGAUGUUCAGUAUGAAGUAAAAGGGUUUCUGGACAAAAAUAGAGAUAUGUUAACCCCAGAUAUAAAAGAGAUGAUACUCGAUUCCAAUAACUCGUUUUUAAAGAAUCUGUUUUCGGCGGAAACUGUAACAGCUCAAAGUGGAAGCCGAAAAGUUGUAUCUUUAAGUCACAAAUUCAAAACUUCCCUCGAAUCACUUAUGAAAACUUUGUUUGCAUGUCAUCCAUUUUUCAUACGGUGUAUAAAACCAAACGAACUUAAAAAGCCACGGAUUUUUGACCGCGCGUUGUGCGUUCGACAACUUAGAUAUGCAGGUUUGAUGGAAACUGCAAAAAUAAGACAGGCAGGAUAUCCUAUACGAUAUUCAUACUCUGAAUUUGUGCACCGCUACCGUCUUGUCAUUCCUGGAAUUCCGCUAGCACAGAAAACCGAUUGUAAAAACGCGACUCAAAAGAUCUGCAGUGAAGUUUUGAAAGACGAUGAUUUCCGCUUAGGUCUUACAAAAGUUUUUCUCAAAGAUCAUCACGACACCUUACUUGAAGAACUACGCCAUAAGGUACUUAUAACGGCAGUAAUCAGAGUUCAGGCUAAUGUUCGAAGAUUAAUUUGCAGAAAAAGAUAUUUGCGGCUUCGAGCUGCAGCUAUUACAAUUCAAAAACACUUCCGAGCACGUGGGUUUAGAAGCAAAUUCCUAAAAAUGAGAAGGGGUUAUCUUAGAUUACAAGCAGUCCUUAAAUCAAGAGAACUUAGAAAAACUUUCUUAAACUUAAGGACGUUCUUCAGACAUCUUCAAGCUUUUUGUAGAGGGUAUCUCGUACGAAAAUUAGUCAAGGAAAAGGGUCACAUAAUGAAAGCUAAAUUAGCGCAACUGAUGAAAGAGAAAGAAAACAACUCAGGUGACAUUAAAAGAGCCGAGGAUGGGUAUGAAAAGAAAUAUAAUGAUCUUAUGUCUUCUAUUUGGAUAGCAAAAGAAGUUGCGGUUGAUAGUAAUGUCCAAAAUACUACAGUCAUAGAUGAUAGAUAUGUUGACGAUGUUUUCGGAUUUUUGAAAGAUACCGCGACGCCAGCAGGUACAGUACGAGGUACUGGUUUUGGAAUGACAACGACGGCUAAACCAACAAUUUCAAGCGUUAUUCCACUGCCACAAGAACCAGAAGAAGAACCUUUUGACGAAUAUGACUUCAAAAAGUUUGCAGCCACAUAUUUCCUUGGAAAUAUAAGCCAUCAAUAUUCUCGCAAGCCGUUGAAACACUCCCUUUUAGAUUUACCAUCUCCAAUUGACAAAAUGGCAUCUCAAGCGAUUUGGAUUACAAUUUUGAGGUUUAUGGGUGAUUUAUCGGAACCAAAGUAUACAGAUGAUAAAAUAGAUAAUGUUCCAGUCAUGACUAAAUUGUAUGAUACCGUUGGCCGAGCUUUUAAAAAAAGCAAAGAAUUUGAAGAAAUGAUAUCUCAAGAACAUGGGCAGGGAAAGAGUAAAAUGCUCCAAAAAACCCUAAAAAAGCAGACUAAAUUAAAUGAAGAACUUUUCAAAAAUCUCGUUAAUGAUGACAUGACAAACGAAAUGUACAGUACAUGGUUGAAUUCACGUCGUAGUACGAAUUUGGAGAAACUUCACUUUAUUAUUGGGCAUGGUAUUAUUAGGAAAGAACUUAGAGAUGAAAUUUUUGCCCAAUUAUGCAAGCAACUUACCAAUAAUCCUUCAAAAGCUUCGUAUGCACGUGGUUGGAUUUUACUAUCUCUUUGUGUUGGUUGUUUCCCACCUUCUGAACGAUUUAUUACGUAUUUACGUUCGUUUAUUCGAGUAGGGCCGCCUGGUUAUGCCCCUUACUGUGAAGGUAGACUUGUAAGAACAUUUAAAAAUGGUCCACGUACGCAACCUCCUAGUUGGUUGGAAUUACAAGCGACGAAAACAAAAAAGCCUAUUCUUCUGACUGUGACAUUAAUGAACGAAACUAUAAAAACAGUUCAAUCCGAUUCAGCUACAACAUCUGAAGAAGUAUGUCAACAAAUAGCCGAUAAUAUUGAGCUUUCUGAUGCAUUCGGAUUUUCACUUUAUAUAACAUUAUAUGAUAAAGUCCUUUCGCUGGGGAGUGAAGCUGAGCAUAUCAUGGACGCUAUAUCACAAUGUGAACAAUUUGCACGAGAACAAGGUACUCCUGAAAAGAAUGCUCCCUGGCGCUUGUUUUAUAGAAAAGAGGUAUUUACACCCUGGCAUGAUCCAGCGGAUGAUCCAAUAGCUUCCAAUUUAAUUUAUCACCAGGUGGUGAAAGGAGUAAAGUUUGGAGAAUACCGAUGCAAUUCAGAAAAAGAUUUGGCAAUAAUUGCAGCACAACAGCACUACAUUGAGUAUGGCCCACGUAUAGACCCUAACGUGUUGAGAAAGGUAAUAGUGAACUAUAUACCGAAUCAAUUUAUUCAAUCAAACGAUGCCGCUUUAACAAAAUGGGAACAUCUUAUAACAAAAGCUUUUGAAUCCUCUCCGAGCAUACAAUCUUCAGUUGAUCCUCUAAGAUGUAAAGAAGAUAUUGUAAUAUUUUCUAAAAUAAAAUGGCCGAUGCUCUUUUCAAGAUUUUUUGAAGCUAUUAAAUUGAAAGGUGACACGAUCAAUAAAGACCUUAUAAUUAUAGCUGUUAAUUGGACUGGUGUUUAUAUCGUAGACCAAUCAGAGCAUAUACUUCUGGAAAUAUCUUAUCCUGAAGUUACUUAUGUAGCCUAUGAUGAUGACAAAGAAUUUGAUAAAGUUGGAAGAAUAACGAUUAGAACAAUACAACAAGAAGAGUUUGUUUUCCAGAGUGUUGAUGCAAGUGAAAUGAGUGCACUUAUUAUAUAUUUGAUAGAUGGAUUAAAAAGACGUUCAAUUUAUGUUAUCACUCAAAGCGAUUCUCAAGGAUACAGUGACGCUGCGUCAUUCUUGCAAUAUAAGAAAGGCGAUCUAAUUACACUUUUGCAAGAAUCAACAGGAGAAACAUUAAUGAAUGCGACAUGGGGUCAUGGUGAAUGCAAUGGCCAUGAAGGCCUAUUUCCAACAGAGCAAGUAUACAUUUUACCAACAUUAUCGAAGCCUUCUCCUAUGAUAUUAGAAGUAUUUAAGAAAGGAAAUAUAAAUACUAACAAAAAUGUUCAUUCUAAGUACAACACAAUACAAAGGAAAAAAAUGCAUACGCUUGAAAAGUUUGCUGAGGAAUAUUUUAGAGAAAAUUAUGAUACUAAUGUCACUAUAUCAAGACAAUCAACAAUAACUCCAGCUAAAAGAACAGGUUCUGGUAAUUUAUGGUCUCAUGCUCGCGAACCUAUAAGAAGACCGUUACUUAAAAAAUUACAAGAUGAUGAGAAGUUGUCUAAGGCAGCGGUUGCAUCGUUCAUUGCUAUACUGAAAUAUAUGGGUGAUAUGCCAGCGCCAAAAGCGAGAUCCGUUGCUGAAUAUACUGAUGAAAUAUUUAGACCCACAAACGAACCCGCAAUGAGGGAUGAGAUUUAUUGUCAAAUAAUGAAGCAAUUAACAAAUAAUAGAAUACAGCUUAGUGAAGAGAGGGGAUGGGAAUUAUUGUGGCUUGCCACGGGUAUUUUUGCUUGUGGACAAGUUUUAAUAAAAGAAACUGUAGAAUUUCUAAAGACAAGACCACAUCCUAUUGCAAAAGAUUGCUUAAAACGUAUAUUUAAAAUACAAAGAGGUGGACCAAGAAUAUAUGCCCCAUAUGUAGUAGAGGUUGAAGCCAUACAACAUAGAAGUAUGCAAAUAUAUCACAAAGUAUAUUUCCCGGAUGAUACCGAUGAAGCUUUUGAAGUUGAUUCAUCCACAAAAGCCAGAGAGCUUUGUGAGCAAAUAACUGGACGUCUGAACCUAAAGAACAGUGAUGGUUUUAGCCUUUUUGUAAAAAUUAUUGAUAAGGUAUUCUCGGUUCCAGAAAAUUAUUACUUCUUUGACUUUAUUCAUGAACUUGUAGAAUGGAUGAAACAAACACGUCCAGUACGUGGAGCAGGAAACCAACUACAGAUGAAUUACCAAAUAUUCUUUAUGAAGAAACUCUGGAUUAACACAAUACCUGGUAGAGAUAUGAACGCAGAUCAAAUAUUUUACUUUCCACAAGAACUUCCAAAAUACUUACGCGGAUAUCAUAAAACUUCAAAACAAGAUUUAAUUGAAUUAGCUGCCCUCAUUUAUAGAGCUAGAUAUGGCAAUGAUCAAUCUCUAUUACCCGAAAUAACACAAAUGCUAGAAGAGUUUAUACCACCCGAUAUGACGAGUAUCCAAUCCAAUUCCCAGUGGAAGUCUGCGAUUAGUGCAGCGUAUCUUAAACAUGGUCCUAUGACAGAAGAUGAAGCGAAAGAGCAAUUUUUAAAGAAAAUCUAUCAAUUUCCAACAUUUGGAACAGCAUUCUUUGAAGUUAAGCAAACUUCAGAUCCUUCUUAUCCCGAAAUGGUUGUCAUAGGAAUAAAUAAAAAUGGAGUCAGUGUUAUACAUCCCCAAAGUCGCGAUUUGUUAGUAACCUAUCCAUUUUCUCAACUAUCUAACUGGUCAUCGGGUAAUACAUUCUUCCACAUGACAAUGGGCAACUUUGUUCGUGGAACGAAGAUUCUUUGUGAAACAUCGCUAGGUUACAAAAUGGACGACCUUAUAUCAUCAUAUAUUGCUGUAUUGCGACAGGCAAUGAAACAAAAGCAAAGGACGUGAUGUUGGACAUAAGUUAGAUUAUGAACAUU